CGACAUGUAAACACACAGCUGUUUAGAUCCGACGCUGCAGAUAUUUGUCUUUAUGAAUUAUUUUUCAUAAUAGCUAAAGUAUGAGUGACAGCUACCAGUAUCCAGUUUUCCUUGUGUUUCGGAGCGAGCUCGGGGAGCACGUGAAGAAAGUAGAGAUAUAUUUACGUAUUCGGCGCAAAUCGGGCGGAGGAGACUGCAGACCACUGAGGAGGGUCAAUGAUCAUAUCUACAGUGUCGCUUUCAAAUAUCAAAAAGAUCAGGAGGCAGUCCUGAAGAAAUCUAAGCAUGAAGUGGGUGAUCUGGUUUUCACUGCCAGACGCAGCCUGGAGCCAAGCUACGAUUUUCCAGCUCCAGAACAGAACCCACAUCCCAUUCCUGCCUCGACUCCUCCACCAAGUGCUGAAGAAUAUAAACUACAACCUGAUCCUUACCUCCUUCGUUACCUAAAAGAAUGCCUCCAAGCUGGACAAAAACUCGAGACAGCACUAGCCUCUGUUGCCUGCUCUGCUCAGCUUUACCCAGAGGAGAGGAAGGUUAUAAUUAGGCGAGUAGCUCAACCUGGUGCUGCAGAUGAUGCUAGAAACUGGAAAGCAGAGGUAGACAAAUUCUUUAAAGGCUACAAGUGCCAUUAUGAGCGAAACCCUUGCAAAGUUACAGCUUUGCUUCAGUCCUGCAGCUGUCAUCAGACCGCAGAUGAAGUAAAAGUGUACAGCAAGGUUGGGAUGGCUAUUGUUGUUGGGGAACAGACCCAGGUGAAUGCCAGGCUGGCGGAUGUAGAGGAAAGGUUAGGUUUAAGUCAGAAGCAAACCAGUUUCUGUCGAUCUGUCGGCAAACUCCGUCUCCUCUGGAAAGAGAUUGAGCAAAGUUUAGGAAGAGAUUUUCCAGGAGUGAAAGUCACGCAGGGAGCUGCAGGUCAGUUAGUUUUGGAAGGUUCUGCAGAGGAGAUUCUUAAGGCUGGCAACUGGAUCUCUGAACAGGAAAAUUUGGUGUUAGAAAGGACUGUUUCUGAUGUGAGCCCACAUUUUUUGGCUUUCCUGAGAAAGGCAUAUGGAGGGCCAGGGGUGCUAGGAGACUUUUUAGGGGUUGGUGACAAGGUGGAAAUAGAAAUACGAGACACAGAGCUCAGUUUCUUCUCCUUUUCUGAUGAUGAUCUUGAUAAAAUGGAAAAGGCACUACAAGGAGAGUUCAAGGAAGUUAAGAUCAAUGUUCCUAACUGCUCUGCUGUGCCAUCUGAGCUUCAGGAAAAGCUUAAGUCCAAGACAAAAGUGAUGAACGAAGACCAAUACAGGACUCAGGUUGUGUUUGGCUCAAACAGCAGCACAGUUUACUUACUGGGCCACACUAAAGAGGUUGAGGAACUGAGUGAAACUGUCAUACAGUUUAUAUUGGACCAGUCUAGUGUGCAAAGCAUAGUCCCUCUACCAUCCACAGAGUUGGCACAUGAAUUACUGGAGUUGCACCAUUUUGACUAUUCAGGGGUCACCCUCCAUCCUUUAACAUCUUCCUCUGGGCCCGUGGUGGUGCUGGAAAGCGAAUCCAGCAGAGUAGCCGAGGUCAGGAACAGGCUGGAUCCAUUUCUCAACUUAUUUCUUGAGGAUAGAGUUACCAUUGACAGUUUAGGGACUGCAAGAUAUUCCCAAAGUCCAACAAGGAAAGGUGAACUUCGAAGUUUUGCACAUAGUUUGGCAUCUUUAAGUUUAAGUGAAGAAAACACAACAGUUGCUAGUUACAGCCUUUGUGAUGGGAUCCAGGUGCUGGUGUGUCAGGGUGACAUCACCAAACAGGAGGCUGAUGCCCUGGUGAAUGCUGCCAAUGAAGAUCUGGACCACAGUGGAGGGGUUGCUGCUGCCCUGAGUAAAGCAGGCGGUCCUGACGUACAGAGUGAGAGCAGUGCCUUAGUUAAGUAUAUUGGAAAUAUUCCUACGGGUGAUGUAGUCGUGACCACAGGGGGGGACUUGAAGUGCAAGAAACUGCUGCACGCUGUUGGGCCUAUAGGUGGAAAAGCAGGUGGCAGAGAGAAGAUCUUACUGGAAAAAACGAUUCAGAGUGCUCUGGAUUUAUCAGAAAUCAUGGAAUUCCAAUCCAUAGCCAUACCCUGUAUCAGCUCCGGUGUUUCUGGUGUUCCUGUCACUGUGUGCUCUGAGGCUAUAGUAUCUGCUGUUGAGAGGUUUGGCAGUCAGGGAGGAAGAAGUCUGAGACGAAUCAUUCUGAUUGAUAACAGAGAAGAGGUGGUGAGGGCCAUGCAGGAAGCAUGUGAUCGGCUUCUUCGAGGGACAAGAGCUAAAAACAUAACACCACGAGAUGUGGGAUUUCGGAUGGACGCUGCUGCUAAAGAUGCAACAAGAGGAGCAACUGCAGGAGCUCCUUCAAACAGCGUCCAUCUAGAGUUUGUUCAGGGAACCAUCGAGACCCAGCAGGUGGAUGCUCUGGUGUCACCCAUGGUUGGUGAUAACCCUCUCUCUACCCGUAUUGGAUGCAGUUUGUAUAAGAAGGUUGGAUCUCAGCUGGAUGAAAAGUUCAUACAGGAGGCACAAAAAGACUCUCUGCAUUGUGAUGGUGACGCCGUCCUGUUGGAGGGCUUUCCUGAGCUCCCCUCUAAUGCGGUGUUCUUCCUCCACCUCACUCCCUGGGAUGGUGACCCAGAUGGAACUGCAGUCCAGGUCCUGAGACUGGCCAUCAACAACAUCCUAACUUCAUGUGAGGAAAGAGGGUUUCAAUCUGUCGCCUUCCCUGUACUCGGUGGUGGGAACGCCCUGCGUUUUCCUGGCAGCGUGGCAGCCAGGGUUCUGCAAGAGGUAGUUCAUGAGUUUGAACAGAACCGAGUGAGUGAAACACCAUUCCUCAUCCGCAUCGUCGUCCACCCCUUUGAUGAGGAAUCCAUUGAGGUGUUCAAGUCCGUCCAGGAAGGUCUCCAUCUUGAAGGAUCCACAUUACGUGCUUCUCAACCAGAUCAAGUGUCAGCUACAAAGAGGAUCAUCCUGCUGGGGAAAACUGGAGCUGGCAAAAGCAACUUAGGUAACACAAUAUUUGGAGAGAAUCUCUUCACCACGAACCAUUCCCCCAACUCUGGAACAAAAGUGUGCCAAGCAGAAACCAGAUCUGUCAAUGGAAGAAGCAUCACUUUGAUCGACACUCCAGGUUUAUUUGAUGCUGUCAGACCUGAGGACGAGCUGAGGCCUGAGAUAGUGAGGUGCCUCACAGAGUGCGCUCCUGGGCCCCAUGCUUUUCUCAUUGUGCUUAAAGUGGACAAAUUCACACAGCAGGAGCAGGACGUCAUCACCAAAAUAUGCCGGUAUUUCUCUGAAGAUGCCCUAAAAUAUGCCGUUAUUGUCUUCACUCAUGGUGACCAGCUUCCUAAAGGGAUGACAAUUGAGAAGUUUGUCAGCCAGAAUGACAAUCUGAGUGAUCUGGUGAAGAAGUGCGGCGGCCGCUGCCACGUCUUUGAUAACAAAUACUGGAAGAACAAACUACAGAAUAACUACAGGAGCAACCAGAUCCAGGUGGAAGAGCUGCUCAACACAAUAGACAAGAUGAUGAUGGAAAACAAAGGAGGAUACUACACCAAUCAGGUGUUUCAAGAGGUAGAGAAAGAAAUACACAAAGAGGAGGAGCACUUAAAACAGACAACAGAAAACAUGUCACCGGAAGAGAUCAGAAAAAAAGCUAAAAGCAUCGUGUCUGAGAGAUUUUUAAUCAACCUGGCAGGUACUGCAACCGGAGCAUUGUUAGGAGCUUUUUUUGGCCUUGCAGGGAUGGUUGGAUUAGUUAUCACAGCUCUGCAUAACUCAGUACUAAUGAAACUUGUGAAUAAGGUUCCAGCAUUAGGAGGGGCAGCAGCAGCAGCAGGAGGAGGAGUAGGAGCAACAGGAAUGACAGUUGCUGGAGGGGUGUUAGGUGUGGCUACCGCAGGCUGCGCUGUAACAGGGGCAGUUAUAGGUGGUAUUACAGGACGGAAGGCAGCUGAGAGAGCAGAAACAGCACGGGAGGCAGCAUAUAUGGCAGCCAGUGAUGUCUGUGACAAAGCAAAAGCUGCUUUUAAGCUCAAAUAAGGAGCAAUGUGUAGGAUUUAAUUGCAUAUGGGAGUGAAGAUUGCAGCCAGCUGAAACUCCUCCCAUGUGCCAAGCGUAAACUCCUGGUUACGAUUCCUUCAGCGUUUAUUGUUCAGUUUUUUGUUUUUUUUUGCCAGGAGCCAAAUUAUCUAAACUGACCAUAGGAUUUAAACCAGUAAAACACUGAAUAAAGUAGUUUUACGGCUGCUAGCCCACAACUGCUUGUGUGUGCCAACUUUUUCUCUGAUAACUCCAGAUUCAGACGCUCAGGAGGUUUUUACCGGGAGCUGAAUGAUCACAGACGCCUUUUCCUCUUCAAUACAAGCGAACCCAGGUGAUUUAGCCCUUUGAAACUGGAUCAACAUCUUUUUUUUCUUGUGCUGUGUGCAGAUGCCUUCACGAACCUUGAGCACAUUGAUAAGCUCUCUUGUUUUUCUUUUUUUUUUCUUUUGAAAGGCAAUGAGCAAAUUGACUAGACAUUAUUAGAGGAAGUUAAUAGUUUUGGAAAAUUAUCCUAAUUGUUUAUUUAAAGUAAUUUUUCCAGUGACAGAGACCCAUUCUCUAUUUACAUAAAAACGGCUCCGUUGAAGGCAACAGAAGAAUAUGUUCAUUUAACAGAUUAACAAUGUUUGAUUACCUGACAGUGGUGAUAAAAGCUUUCUAUAAUUUAAAGGGUGUUGAAUGUUUCUCUGUAUUAUGCUUUAACUUGUUUGUUAUAAAUCUGUUUUACACUAAUAAAAGCACUUACCUUUCA